AUGAAGAGACUCAACGCAUUAGGAACAUCAGCAUCGACCCCGUUAAUCCCACCAGCAUCACCUAGUAACAAUGGCCAUGGCAUUGAAAACCAGCUAACUCAAAGUCAAAAUCUACCGAUGAAUCAAGGAUCUGGAGUGCUUCAAGUAUCAGCAAUUCCUACGCCAGGUGUAGCCGUUCCUGCAACUUCUACAACAAAUAUUACUCCAGUAUCUGACGCGGAGAAGCUUCGCAAUGAUUUCAACUCGCAAGCAACUCGACUGUCUUACGGUUGCAGUGUGGCGUUGGAGUUAUUCAAUGGCCACCUCAUGAUGGUAGGCAGUCCGGAUGGUCAUGUUCGUGUGCAAUCGCUCGAGAAGCUACAGACGCCUCAAGCCAAAGGCUACAAGGAUCGAGCGAUUUUCACGCUGUUGGAUCUCGUAGACGUCCGAAGCGCAGGAUCGAUACGUUAUGGUGACUCGGUAUGGCUACAACUUAGUGUGGGUCCGGGUGAUGUUUCGUGGGAACAAGGUGGAGUUCUGGGAGCCAAAGUUCGUGAAGCACCUCAACUGAAAGCUCUUGGUCUACUGGACGAUGACUCUAUUCGCAACGACGUGCAAGCACCCGCUGCUGUGGGGUAUCCAGUCCCAGUCACAGCUUAUUUGCCAAAGAGUCGCGAUGAUGGCGACAUGCAAGUUGACGAGAUCCAAUCGCGAUUACGAAAUAAAACAGCAAAGAUGCUCGGCAAAUGGAUCAUUCGCUCAGCGGUGUGCCAGCGUCGUAAACAAAAAGACAACUUCGUCUACAACAACGAUGAAGUUUACCUCGAACAAGACUGGUUUUAUCUCGGUGCAGACUCUGAUGCAGGUGUAGCAGUUCUACGUCAACUACCACCUGCAGUCGUCGGGAAAGAUACGAAACCAGGAGAGUACGUUGUGGAGCGUCGAGGAGCCUGGAAACUCCGACUAUUGGACUCUAGUAGCGGCAGCGCAGGGCUCUCACUAGCUCAACAACAAAUGGAGCGUCUUCUGCUUCGAGCUAAAGCUCAACUUAAACAAUCGAAUCGAAUGCGAGCAGGCCAGACGAAAGUUUAUGGUCCAAAUCUACGAGGUGGCACUGGGUUUACAGCUCAACUUCGAGCUCAACGCGCGGUAUGA